AUGGCCGAGGAGAAGUGUCUGCGCAACGCCAGCUGCAAGUGCAGCAUGUGCGCGGGCUUCGACGUGGCGUCGCUCAUGGACAUCUCCAAGUCCAUCUCGUCCAACAUCAAGUACGACGACGACGACGCGGACGGCGCGCAGCAAGACGCACAGCCCCCGCCCGCGCCCGCAUUCGGCGGCAACUCGCCGCCCGUCCCGGCGCGCAAGAAGCCGGCGUUCGGGGGCAACUCGCCCCAGGUGGCGGCCGUUAAGCGUCCAGUGUCGGCUGCUAAGAGGCCGAAGGAGACGCCGGACGUCGUGAUGGAGGAGGCGACGGCGCAGGUGGAUACGGUGGCGUCUACGUUGAAGAAGAUGGAGGUGGACACGAGGAAGGACACUGGUGGACAGACGGCGGACGUCUCGCUGCACAGCGUGCUGCCCAAACUCACAGACAAGAACUGGAAGGUGCGGAAAGAGGGCUUCGAGGAGCUCAAGGCGGUGCUGGAGCAGCCUGGAGUGUCCACGAGCCAGGUGAGACCGGCCAUGGAGCUGUUCCCAAAGAUGUGCGAGGACGCCAAUGCUAGUGCCAUGGAGGCGGGUAUUGCUGCCGUACUGGCGUACACGCUGAACGUGGAGCCGUUCGACAAGGAGAUCGUGCCUGCUGUGAUGGCGCGCGUGACGGAUAAAGGCUUCUCGGCGCGGCCGGGCAUCGUCAAGCUCUGCGAAGAGCUGACAGACGCGUUUAUUGCAGCAGGUGCAGCGGAGGAGACUGUGACAGCGCUAUUGGAAGGGACGAACAACCGCAAACCGAAGGUACCGCCGGCGUGUAUGUCCUGUGUUCUUGAGGCGUUGACGGCGUACGGACCGCGGAUUGUGCCGCUGCAGGCGAUUAAGGCGGCGCUGCCGAAGUUGAUGGAGGGCGCGGUGAAAGUGCGCCCGAUUGCGAUGAAUGUUAUGGUGGAGAUUCACAGGUGGACGGGGCCAGCGCUGGUGCAAGAUAUUGUGGCUAACCUUCGACAAGCGCAGCAGACAGAGUAUGAGGCAAACACAAAGGAUAUCAUUCCGGGCCAGACAGUACCGACCAAGUUUGUGCGAGGAGCGAAAGCAGCAACGACUACUGUUGGUGCAGGUGGAAAGGGUUCAAGCGCCUCUGCUGGACCGGCUGAGCCUGCUCCUGCAGCGUUUGACCCGAGAGAUUUUGCCGAAACGGUGGACUUGCUUGCGAAGCUGCCUAAGACCGAGUUCAAGGCAAAGUUGGCUCUACCCAAAUGGAGUGAAAAGGUUGAGGCGUUGAAAAUUGUGCUGGAGACGAUCGGGCCCGUACCGAAGCUUGCGAAUGGCGACUAUUAUGAACUUGUGUCGACGCUGAAGCCGUUGACGAAUGACUCAAACGUGAACAUUGUAGCCAAGUCGAUUGAAGUGUUUGGCGCACUGGCAGAUGGUCUACGCAAGAACUUCACACAGCACGCGCGAACCAUGUUCCCCGAGAUGUUGCGGAAGUUGUCCGACAAGAAGUCCGUAAUUUUGAAUGCGACCAACAAGACGCUGGACUUGUUUCUUCAGCAUGCCAUGCCGAUCGAUAUGAUGAUGGAUGACCUAAAGUUGGCGUGCGAUGCGUCAAAGAACAAACCACCACCUGCACGUGUGCAAACGAUGGUUUUCCUGACUCGUGCCGUGGAAAAUCGCUACGUGGAUUUGAAUGACAAGGCGCUCAUAUUGGCGUUUGCGUCGAUGUUUAUGAAGGGUGUUGAUGACACUGACCCAAAGGUGCGCGAGGCUGGACAGAAGUCCUUCGUCGUGCUUUUGCAGGCAACAGACCAGACGACUGGAUGGCUGCAGAGCAUGAUGGGUGAAAUUGCACGGAAGAACCCACGAGCCUUUAAGACCAUCCAGAAGGGAUUAGGAGGCACUGGCGCAGCUUCGACACCCUCGUCUCGUCCCGGAAGUGCGGCUUCUUCUCGCCCUGGUAGUGCACCUCCUUCUCGCUCAGAUAGUGCUCCUCCUUCGCGGCCCGGUAGCGCAGGUAGCGCUGCCAGUCGGUCUAGCUUUGGCGGACCCAAGACAUCAGAACCAGACGACGAUGAUGUUGACAUGGAGGCUUCUGCUCCUUCGGCGGGCCCUCGGCGUCCACCCCUAAAGAAACGUGGGCCACCAUCUCGAUUUGGAAUGAAACCUGGUGCAGCUGGGGCCGCAGCACCGAAAGCAGCGCCAGCAAGAAAACCGUCUACUGCGGGUUCAAGUACUGGAGCUUCUGCUAGUGGUGCAAGCACUGAUUUUACGCCUAUGGCGAUCUCGGUUACUGCUGAAGAAGCUGAAGGUAUCAUUGAAGAUCUUCGCAUUGAAAGCUGGGGUGCCAUUCAGGACGGGUUUGCGAGCUCAAAGUGGAUGGAGCGGAAAGGAGCAAUCGAGGGGCUGGAAGAAUAUGCCAGAUCUCAUUCAAGCCAGAUGAAUUUGCGUACUAUCGAGGCAUUUACGAUGUACUUAUCGAAGCAAGUGAAGGACUUUAAGGACAGCAACAUCAAUGUUCUGAAGAGUUCAUUCCAAGCGGUUGGAACGUUCGCGGAGAUAGCUUCAAGUAAAUUUCCGCGUGGAGUGGUGUGUUUUGUUACCCCGCGGGCUUGUGACAAGAUCGGUGAUAGGAAAGCGAGUGAGGCAGUCCGCAACAUGAUCAUGCAGUUUUGUGAGGCUACCAGUCCUUCAUACACAACCGGCUGCAUGAUCGAGUACAUGCCGAAGGUCCGGACGCCGCUUGCACACAUCGAGGCACUAUCAGUAUUGUCGGAAUGCGUGAAGGACUUUGGCGUCUCCAUUUGCAAUCCACGUGCGUUGAUCGACUUCGCGAAGGGAGCUCUGGGUUUGGAGUCGUCGAACCCCAAGGUUCGCAGUUCCGCGACCUCUUUGCUUUGCGCUAUGUACUCGCAACUCGGACCUGCACUGCUCCCGAUUUUGAAUUUAGACAGCUGGAAGCCAGCACUGGCCGCUACAGUCGACGCUGAGUUUAAGAAAACUGGGUUUGAUCCGGCCACAGCUAAGGCGAGCGUAAGCCGUCAAGUGAAAGACCAGGAUGAAGCCCCAGCUGCAGCGGAUCCUGGUGCACUUUUCGGUCGAGUGGAUGUGAGUGGUCAGAUUACUAAGGAGCUUCUCGAGGAUAUGAAAAACGAAACGGAUAAAGUGGCGUGGAAGAAGCGUUCUGAGGCUAUGGACACAGUCCAAGCCAUUUGUGAGGGUGCUGGUUGCGCAAUUGAAUUUACGCGGCCAGUUCAAGAGGUGCUGCGCAGCUUGAAAGCUCGCUUGAAUGACUCAAACGCAAACUUGAAGGUGAAGGCUGCUAAUGUCAUCGGUGUGGUGGCCACAAGCGUUGGGCCUGAUGUCGCCAAGAUGUCCAAAAUUCUCGGAGCAAGCCUGAUCGCAGGUGUUGCAGACAACAAGAAGACGAUGCAGGCGGCAGCCAUCCAAGCUCUACACAAGUGGGUAUGCCACAACGAAGAAACGUCGUCUUCAUGCAUGGAAAGCCUGCUCUCCCCGCUAUCGGAGGGCCUCUUAAAUCCUGUUGGACGAGCUGAAUUACUCGGGUGGGCAGCGGAACACCUCAAGAACUGUGAAAAACUAGAUUUGAACAGCUUGGUGUCUCCGACGGUUCAAUGUAUGAUGGAUAAGUCAUCCGAGGCGCGUGAAAAAGCUCAACUGGUACUUGUUGAAGUGAUGAAGUCGGUUGGCAAGGACACCGUGCUUACUGCGGGGUGCCGUGGCAUAAAGCCAGCUGCCAUGCGUGCACUUAAGCCACUGUUACAGAAAGUGUGCGAAGCUGUCGAAGCCAGUAGCGCUUCUACCCCUGUCAAUGAACCUUCUUCAUCCAUCCCUGGGCCAAGUGCAACUCCUCCCGUUGCUCCACCGACUGCUGGCCAUAGCGCAUCGGGUAGUGGAAUCGGUCGUGGUGGCAUCCGCAGAAGAGCUAGUGCAUCUGCAGCUGGCGGUACCCCGGUGAAGUCACGGCUUGCGCGUCCGGGCUCACUUCGUGCGCCAUCAACGCCUUCUGAGAGCGUCGAGAAGGAAGCUGCACCAUUGCUCAAAAUGAGUACCAACAAACCAGCUAGAAUUGCCAAGGGGCAAUACAAUAAGUGGAUUUUCGAGACUACUUCGGUGAGCGAGAUGAAUGCACGCAAGGGCGAGAUCGAAGCUGAAUGGAAGCCGUUUUUGUCGCCGGAAUUCUAUGCCAAACUCUUUGCCCCGUCGUUGGAAAAGGGAAUGCUAGCUGCUAUGGAUGAGUUAACGUUGUGCAUCGUGCACCAAGCUGAAGAGGUGGUCGCAUAUCUUGAUCUUGUGCUGAAGUGGUGCACCCUACGCAUUGUAGACAACAACGUGCAGGCAUUGGCGAAGUUGUUGGAAGUUCUCGUGAAGCUCUUCGAAAUGCUGAAGGACACUGGGUAUCAGUUGGAUGACGUUGAGGCGGCAAUUUUGUUGCCAUACCUUCUCCAGGAGAGUGGUCAGUCAAAGCCACGCUUCCGAGUGCGGUUCCGUGAUGUGAUGAAGCUGGUUGUGGAUGUGUACAACCCAGAAAAGUAUGUUCCAUAUUUGAUGGAGUGCUUCAACGGGUCGAAAAACAUGAAGAGCCGCUGCGAGUGCAUCGACCUGGUCGAGUACAUCGUUAGUGUGCACGGGUACCAAAUGAUUGGCCGCAAGUGCAUUAAAGACGUGGGCAAGUAUGUCGUCGCUCAUGAAAAGGAACUUCGUGAAAGUGCGAUUAACACGCUAGUAGCUGUGUACAUGCGCACGGAAGGAGGAAACCCAGACAAGUUUUUCCGCUUCGCAGGCAUUACUACUCAGCAAGGUAUCGACUUGCUGAACGCGCGUUUGAAACAUCUGCCUGCCAGUGGCUUUGUCAACGAAACCAGAGCACCUGCUGUACAGGAGGCGAUCCCAGAGCAGCAAGUGCCACAGCAGCAGCAGCAACAGCGAACUGGUUUUGGAUUUGGUUUCGGUCGAGCCCCGGCUACUGCGACAGCAGCACCAGUCAAUAUCUUCACGAAGCCGACUGAAGAAGAUAUUCCUGAGCCGACUCCAAUUGCUGGGGUGAAUCAGGCUGAUAUUGCGCCCCACGAUGGCGAUGUGGAUAUGGGCGUGCCAGCUGAGGAAAUCGUCGAAGAGACUGCAUCGAGCGCGACCAUUGAAGAACUUCUCUUAAGGCCAAUUGAGCUGUUGAUUAAUUCGUCGAAAGAAGUUGUACCGGCUGGUACGCCUGCGUACGUUGAGGGAGGGAACGCUCUCAAGGGCCUGUACGCUAUCAUCAACCGCCCUUCGGAUCCGUCGGAGGUUGAGUUCUUGCACUCCUAUGUGAACGAGAUCGUUCUCGCGCUUUGCGACUGCAUCCAUGGAGCAUUUUACGCAGGCAAUGCUGAGAAGAGGCCUGAGAUGUACAUCCUUGCCAUCAGCAUCACCACGUUGACGGUGGUGUUCAGCAGCGAAGCGGUGACAAGCAUGCAGCGCUACACGGUAGAACGCGUGCUACUGGAACUGUGCUCCAAAAUCAUGGAUCCGCGUUUGGAAAAGUUUUCUGAGAAGGCGAAUUUACCUGCAGCGGAGCUAGCAACAAUGCCGCAUGAAGAGAAGCGAUACCUGAUGGUGUUCAAGGCCCUGUACAAGGCUAUGCGCAAGCUGACUGAGCGAGCGAAGCCUGGGGACGUGUACCCGUCGGUGAUCAACCUUUUGCAGCGUCUCAUGCACAAUGAUGUCGGUGACUACAACAAGAACGACACCCUCAAGCACUUGCUAAAAGAGGACUCGCUGGAUCAGCUUGUUGGGCGUAUCCUGCUCAAGCUGUCGAACGUCCAAGCCAGCUCGCUGACCCCGUUCGAAGGCAUUGAUAUCUUUGGCGUGCUUAUGCAGAUGCACAUUGCUUUUGAAGCCUCGAUGAAGGACGUGCCUCCUAACUCACCUGUGCGCAAGGUUAUCGAGGAGAUGGGGUAUGGUCAGUCGCAACAGCAGCUUGCUGCUGAGCCGACGGGCCUCGGCACCACGAGCAAUGACACAAGCAAUCACGUUGCUUCAGCCGCGCCGCGAGGUAUUACGAGCCACUUCGGUGGUGGCAGUGCCUCUAACGAUGAUGCAGCAGCAACGGGAGUUAGCAUUACGCGGCAACUUUUCCCACCCCGAGACACUGACAGCACGACACGCAUAACAAGAACAGUAUCGGCAGCCCCGCCACUUGCCUCGGAAACGCGUGGACGCAGCUUCACCUCUUUUCAUGAUUUCGCUGCAACCCGUGGAGCGUCGAGCAAUGCAGCGCGUCCGUCAAGUACAAGCGCACAGCUAGAGAACCUGCGAGAGCGGUUGCAGAUGUCGCGUCAUUUCAAGUAAGAAGUAGUUAGUAGUCGCGCCGAUAGACUGCAGAGGCGAACGACCAGAUUUGCUGCAGUAGAGUAGCAGACCUUCCGGAGGAUAAAAGGCAUUGGCGUGUUGUUC